AUGUUGAGGCGGCAACGAGGGGAAGGCGGCCGAACGAGCUCCGACGACCUCGACGAUCUCCCCUCGACGUCGCUGCCAAGCGAGCUGCCCAAGGCCCGCCGCGCUGAGGCCCCGGCAGCAGGAGCAACAACACCCCGCAAAACCGUCAAGUUCUCGUACGACGACGGCGGAGCGACCGCCGAGCGCAUGCUCUUCUUCUCCGCCGACGACGUGGUGGGCUCGGCUUCCCUCGCGGAAGGCGAAGCCGCGCCCGGCGUCGAGCCGGGGCGCGUGGUCGAGAUCAGGCGCGCAGGCAUCUCCUCCAUCGGCCUGGUACUUGCCCCGAUCCUCAUGGGCGGGCGCGACCGUCUGCUCCUCCUCCGGCCGAGCGGCGAGAUCUGGCCCGUGAGCCGGACCGACGUGCAGUUCUCCAUGCCGGCGUCGCUUGUUCCCUCAGCGCUGAUCGCAGAGUGCUGGGCGCCGGAGCUGCUCACGCUCUGGGCGAAGGGCGAGGACAUCGGCCUCGCGGGCGGGGCCGACGCGCUGCUCGGCGCUGAGCGCACCGCGUCGAUGCUGGCCGCGCGUCGGCAGGUCGGCACGCUCCUGCGCAAGGUCCAGCGCGAGACGGAGCGCAUGGAGGCGCGGCUUACCGGCGGCUCGCUCAAGUCUGGCCGCGGCGGCGGGAUCGAGGCCCUCUGGGAGGCGUUCACGCCCGCCGACGGCGAGAGGCAGGGCUCGGUCACGUCCGCGCAGGCGGCCGAGCACCUCCUCAACGCGGACGGCGGGGAGCGGUACAUUGCUGUCCGAGUCAACACUUUGCCCGCGUACGCCGCGCAUGUGAUCCUCAUGCGCCGGCCUGACCUCUUCCUCGCGGACGACAGCGGGAUGCUCGAGACCGGCAUGUUUCUCGUGCGGUCGCGCAACGCGCGCCGGCGCAUCGAGGCCGGGCAGCAUGUGGUCGAGACGGACGAUGCGGUGCUGCAGCAGUUUGCGGAGAAGGGCGUACCGCUUGUCGCUGCUGCGCGUGAGGGACGGCCGGUAGAGAACCCGCCACAAUGGACCGAGGCGGAGCGUGACUUGCUUCACCUGCUCACGCUGAGCCUGUACGAGAUCCGCGCGACCCAAGCCUCGCCGGUGCACGCCAUCGCCGCAGGCAUCGUCAAGGCGUUUGGCAUCGCGCCGAACCAGCGCAUCGACUCGGGUGUCGUCGCUGGCCUGUUGGCCGACCUCGGCGUACUGCCGCCCACCGACUCGUUGCGGACGAGCAUGGUCGCGGAGAGCGUCGAGCGCGCGAUCGACAGGAGCGGCAUGCGCGCCGACGUCGCGCCUGCUCCGAGUGCCACAGCGCCAGUGGACGCGCUCGAUGGGCGCCGCGAGGACGUCACGCACCGUGUGUAUGUCAUUGACGACCCGACGGCCCUCGAGCUCGACGACGGCAUCGCGCUGGAGCGAGUGGGCGACGGGACGUUCUGGGUCCAUGUGCACGUUGCCGACCCGACGCGGUUCCUCGACAUGGCCCACCCCGACGCCGUGCGCGCCAGCUUCCAGGCCACGUCGCUGUACCUCCCAGAGGGGACAACCCCGCUGCUUCCCCACGAGCUGGGCGAUGGCAGCCUGUCCCUCGGCAGCGGCGACGGCCAGGGCUGCAUGACCUUCUCGGCGCGUGUCGAUGCGGACGGUAACAUGCUCGACACGAAGGCGUCGGCAGGCUGGCUCAAGUCUGCCGUCGUGACGACGUACGCGGAAGUCGACGCGCGACUGGGCCAUGAGGCGAAGCCGUCGAGUUAUCCAUUUGGCCGGCGCGACGCGCCACCGACCACACGGCGAAACGACGAGCUCACGGCCGAGGACUUGGAUAACCUCGCCACGUUGCGCGACCUAGCUGUUGUGCUGCGCCGCCGGCGUACUGCGUCUGCCGGCCUCGCGUGGGGCGGCAACGCGCCAAACAUCAGCUUGCUCAACGCGCCACUACCCGCAGCCAACCUCUUCGACCGCGCCUCUAUCCCCGCCUCCCCGCAGACGUUCAACCCCGCACGGCCAGACGACGUGGCGUUCACCUACGCUUUGCCGACCGCCAAUCUCUUCACCGACGUGUCCGCGAGCACCACCGUCGCAGAACUCAUGAUCCUCGCCAACCGCGUCGCGGCAAAGUUCUGCGCCGACCGUAACCUCCCAGUCUUAUUCCGCACGACCGCUGCGCCAUCCAACACGUCCAACACCCCCGCGUCGCACACGCUGGCCAAGCUCCUCGAAAUGCGCGAGGAAGGGAGUUUCCUCAGCGAGCUGGACAUUGCGCGCGCAAACCUCGUCUUCCGCGCCAGCGGGGUCAGCACUACGCCAGGGCCGCACUGGGUCAUGGGUUUCACCGACAACGACUGGGGUUACGUCCGCGCCACGUCCCCGCUGCGGCGAUACGAGGACCUGCUAGUCCACUGGCAGAUCAAGGCGGCCCUGGCUGGAGAGCGGGGCCUGGGCGAAGCCGAGGUUACUGCGCUGGCCGAUCGCUCCAAGCGCGGCGAGCAGCGAGCCAAGUAUGCCGACCGGCACGCAAGCGCCUUCUGGACCGCGGCGCUCCUUGCACAGCGCAGCGCGGGUCCCCGGCCAGCGGGGUACGCAUAUGGCGCCGACGCCGUCGACGUCGCUGGCCCGCUCAAGGCCGUUGUCGUCGGCACGUCGGGCAUCACAGCAACGCAGACGAGGACGCCGGUCCGCGUCCCGGCCCUCGGCCUCGCCCUCACCCUCAACCAGAAGGGGCGGCACCGGGGCUUUGCGCUCGGCGAGGAGGUCGACGUCGUGCUCGACGAGAUUGAGCUGUGGCCCGCGCCGCUGAUCACCGUUACCCUGGCCAAGCCAUAG